GCAAAAGGUUAAGGAACGCAAAUAAAUCUUGAAAUUUUGCCAAAAAGUAUUCAGAUUGGACCUGUUUUGCCUUAUGAAUAAUAAGCUUUUGCAGUUGUUGAAGUUAAAAAUUAUAGUGAAUAUGAUACGGAACUCUAUAGUUUGGAACUUGAUAAGAAAUAUUUGGAAGAAGAAGAGCUUUUGUAAAAAUAUUAAGCUUUUAAUACUCAGGAUAAGGUAUUUGCAAAUAUGAGGUUACCAGGUGACAAUUUAUGGGACUUUAUUGCUAAAGAUGUGGAGAAACAAGAUGAAAUUCAAAAAUUAUAAGAUUUAAUUAAAUAAAAUCUCACAAAUGAGGAAGAAUAUUAAAAAAGAAUUGAUGAAUUAAAUACUAUCAUUCCUUAAACUAAAUAUCCUUAGAAAGUCUCUGACGAUAAAAAAGUGAAUAUUGUGUUUAUAGGACACCCUAAAUGUGGCAAAACUAAAAUUGCAAAGUAUUUAAGUGAAAUUCAUUAGAGAUAAAUCAUAAAUAUAGAUGAAUGUGUAGAAAAUUCGAUCUUAAAUAAAACCGAAUUCGGAGAAUAAGCAUAAAAAUAUUUAGAAGAAAAAAAAUAAGAAUAUGAUUAAAUAAUAGUGGAAAGAGAAAAAUGGAAAAAAAAAGCAGGAAAAAAAGCUCCUGAAUUAGAAGCUAAAUGGGGCAAUAUAAACACAUCAUUAUUUAAUUAUCUUCCUGAAGAAAUAAUAGAAGGAUGUAUUCGCGAAAAAUUAAUCCAUCCUACAUGUAAUGCAGGAGUGAUUUUCGAUGAAUUAAUAUCAAAAUACUGUAGUUCUGAAUUAAUGGCUUUAAAAUGCAUAAUGAAAGCAGUUGGUGAAUAGGAAUUGUAAAUGGUAGUUUUUUAAAAAGAGUUAGACGAGAUGGGAUUUGAAAUUUACAAAAUGAUUGAAUGGGAAGGCAUGGAAGAUGUAAUAAAAGAAGAAGAAGAGAAAAUUAAAUAAAAACUAUUGGCUUUGGAAUUGGAAUAGGAAAUGAAAAAAAAUAAUAAAAAGGAUGAAAAGAAUAAAAAAAAAGACACUAAAUAAUAAUUAACUUAAAGUAUUAAAAAGAAAAAAAAUAUCUAAAAAAUAGGUUAAGAUAAUUCACAAAUAGAAGAGAUCUAAGAAAAUAAUCUUUUUGAUGUUUUCUAGCCUUAUUAAUUCUAAAAUUUUGAAGAAGAAUUAGCAUUUAAUAAAAAAAUUAAUACUCUCAUAUCUCUUUUUACUAAUCAAUAUAAAGAAAAAAUCGAAAAUCCUCCCAUACAUGAUCCAGUAUUCUUAGAAGGUAAAAAAGAGGAAAAAAAGCCUAUUAAAAAAGAUGCCAAAGGUAAAAUUAUUCCUGAAGAAAUUUCCCCUGCAUAACCUCCAGAAAUAAUAGAUUAUACCGAGCUUUUAAUGAAAGGAAUCCGUACCAAAACAAUAUUCCCUUUACAUUAUAAUUUUUAAUAAAUGCAAUUAUAUGCAUAAAAAAUAGUUCCUUAACCUUAUUAUCCUGACCCAUUUUCAGUCCCUGUAUAAGAUCCUGAAUAUCAUUAAAUAAUAACGAAACCUUAAAGAAAUAUUUAACAAAAAAGACAAGAAAUAAUCUAGAAUGAGGCUUUAAAAUAUUUCCAAAUACUAACUCCUAUAGAAAACCCCAUACGAGAAAUAAACAACCUACAAGAUAUAGUAGAAGAAACUCUAGAUAAUUAGAAGGAAAAUAAUAAAAACACUUAAAAUAAGCUUAAAAGACCUAUAGCUUCAGCAAACCCAAGGCAAAGAGGGAGAGUUAGCAUCUAAGAAUUAUCUAUAGAGGAGCAAGAAAAAAAAAUGCUCGCAGAAUAAUAAAAAUAAGCAUAAUAAUAUUAAUUCAAAAAAGAAGAUCUUGAAGAAAAAGGAUACAGAUGGAUAAUUCCCGCAGGAAAGAAAUUGAUUUUUGUGGUUCGCUUUUUUACAAAAUCUGUAGGAAUUUUUGACGGAAAACUUGAAUUUGAGAAUUCCUUUGGAGCUGAUAAAUAUACUUUAGAUAUCAAAGCAAUUGCGGACUAUCCUACAAUAUCGAAUUUGUCCAAAAACAUAUACUGGUAAAUCAAAAAAAAUAGACCUUUGAAUUCUCCUGAAAGUUAUUUAAGUAAAGUAUUCGUAUAAUCUGAAAAUGUAUUCGAUUUCGGUCCCCUUUUAAUUGGUAAAAACCCUGAAAAAAAAAUAGAUCCAGAUAUAAGGAAAAUAAAUUCUACAACAUUUAGAAUAUCAAAUCAUGGAAAAUACGAAGCUAAUUUAACUUUCUCUUUAAUAUCUUCUAUAAAAACUGACUAAGAAUACAAAAAGGGAAUAUUUUUUAUUGAACCUUAAUAAAUGAUAAUUUAACAAAAUGAUAUUCCUUAAGAAUUAAGAGUUUGGGCCAUUCCUGAUGCUGCUUAAAAAUUUAAAGACGAUAUAAUUAUUAUGAUAAAAGAUAAUCCUACGCCUUUAAUUCUCCCAAUGAUGUGUUUAGGAUGUAAGCCCAUAGUUGACAUAAUAGAAGGCUGUCCUAUAAAAUUCGAAAGGAAAUUAUUAAAUUAGUAAUCUUAGAAGGAAAUAAAACUCAAAAAUAACGGACAAAUACCCGUUAGAUGGCGCAUUUUAGGAAUAGAGUAACUUCCUGUAGAAUUCCAACUUAAUAAUACAGAAGGACUAUUAAAACCUACAUUAGAAGACAGCAUAUAUGUAACCUUUAAAGCAAUAUAAUAAUAGAAAUUCCUUAAUUAAUUAACUUUAGAAGUAGAAGAUGUUGAAAAUAUGAACAUUCGAUAAGAAAACAAAAUAAUUCCCAUAGAAGCAGAAGCCUUCAAUAUUUCAGUAGAAUUGAAAUUUCCAGACAAUAAUUAAGAUAAUAUGCUCGAUUUCGGACACAUUCGUGUAGGAGAUAUUAAAGACUGCUAUUUUUCAGUUAAAAACAUAGGCUUAUAUUUAGUAUAAUUCCAAUUUGUGAUGAAAAAGAAGAUCUUUAAGGAAAGCUUUAAGAUAGAACCUUAAAAAGUUGAAUUAAAUCCAGAACAAUAAACAUAAAUUUUAGUAAGAUUUUGUUCUUAAAGUGAAGUUAGAUUCAAUACAAAUAGCUCCACUACAGAUAUUAUGAUGGAAAUUUUAGAGGGAAAAACACUUGAAUUAUUUAAACCAGUACCUAUUAAUGUAAAAAUAAAUUCUAUUUUUUCCAAAUACGCAAUAGCUCCUUUAAAAAGCAUUAAUUUUGGCCCUAUUUAAUAUAAUGAUUCAAAAACGCUUACUUUAGAAAUUAAAAAUGAAGGACUUUUUGAAUUUAAUUACAAUAUUUUUGAUUAUUUCAAUGAAGCUUUUCUCAAAUAAAUAAAAGAAGAGUAGAAUAAAGAAAAAGAGGCUCGAUUAUAAGCCGCAUUAGAUAUAGCAGACCAAAAAGACGGUAAAAAGGGAAAAAAGCCUGAAAAAAAAGCUCAAGAAAAAAAGAAAAAAGGAAAAAAUGACAUACCAGAAACUCUUUUAAUAGUAAAUUAAUUUUAAGUAAAUCCUUGCAAAGGAACUAUCCCACCAGAUAGUUCUACCAUAAUCGAACUUAAAUUUUUCGGUCAAGGGCAAAUGAUCCAUGAGUAAAAAUUAGGAAUAGAAAUUAGCGGAAGAGACCCAAAAGACUAACCGAAUGGAAUUUUGUAUGAAUUAGUAGGUGAAUCUUGUGUACCUGGUAUAAAUUGUGAAGAUUUCGAACAGAUUUUCGAAGAAUAAAUAAUCGUUCCAUCAAUAAAUGCAGCUUAAAAUAUCACUUCAAUGAUAAAUUCCAAUGUAUUUUAUUUAGAAGAAAAACAGUUUUUUUUCGGAACACUUAUACCCUCUUAAAAUCCUGAAGGAAUUUUCGAAAAAUUCAAAAUUUCAAAUCCUCAUAAAAUACCUUGUUCUGUCAAAUUUGAGGUCAGGAAAAGAAACGAAAAAUCCACUGAACCUUUCGCUUUUGAAAUUGCAUAAAAAUAAGCCAAAAUACAUCCCCAUGAACAUACUUAUGUUAAAGUUUUCUUUAAGCCAACUAUAAUGGCUUAAUAUAGUGGAAUUUUCGAAGCAAUAGUCGAAUUUGGGGAAUAAAAUCCAAAAACUUAUAAACUUGUAUUUGAUUUAAAAGGCGAAGGUUCACUCCCGACUAUAAAAUUGGAAAAACCGAAAGAAUAUUUCAACGAUCAAACUCCAAUGUUGAAGUUCCCGAAAGUAAGAAUCGAUAAAAGCUGCAUAUUACCCAUAAUUAUUAAAAAUGAUGGGAAAAUUCCCGCCACAGUAAAAUGGGAUUUAAUAUCUAACGAAAACUUUAAAUUUUUAGAUCAAAAUAGUUACACGCUAACUCCUAAAUCUUACAAAACAUUCAACAUAAGUUUCUGUCCAAAAGAAUAAGGCAUAAAAUAAUGGUAAAUACAAUUACAAACAUUAUUAAAUCCUUACGAAAUAACUAAAUUUAUGAUUCAAGGUGAAGGAUAUUACGAAGAUAUAGUAUUAGAAGGUCUUCCUGAAGACUUAGAAGAUGAAAUAAAUUUCUCAAACUGCAUAAUAUAAGAAGAAAAGAAAUGCGGAUUUUUUAUCAAAAACAACAAAUCAGAGCAUAUAAAAUUCAAUUGGAAUACCCAAGGUUGUGAAGAUUUUACCUUUGUACCAAGAACAGGUCAUUUAUAAGCCAAAUCUUCGAAGUUUAUUACACUAUAUUUCAAAGGAAAUAAACCAACUACACAUAAGAAUUUCGCUUUGAUUUUAGAGACUAAACAUUUGAAAUAAGUUGGAUCGAUCGAAGACUUUUAAAUCAAAAAUUAAAAAGAUUUAUUAAAUCUUCCUCCUAUUCCUUUUAUUGAUUGGGAUGAUUCUAUGUCUAGAACUCUUCUUGUUACCUAAAGAGAAUUUGAUUGGUACGUUAAAAAAAGCGAAGAAGCUAAUACUAAAAGAAGAGAAGAAGAAGCUUUAGCAGCUUUAGGCAAAAAAGGUGCAAAAAAGCCUGCUGAAAAAAAAAAAAAAGGCGAUGAACCAAAAGAUGAUAAACCUCCUGCCCGUUUACAAGAAGAAGAAGCAAAUAUAGAGUAUUAAGAACCAAUUGAAGAACCCAUGAACAUAACUAUAGAAAAAACAGACAAAAACAUCACUCUAAAAGUAUCAGGCAUAUCUGAUUACUCAAAAUACGAAAUUUAAAGCAAAGAAAUCUUCUUCAAACCAACAUUAAUGUAUACUUCCCGAAAUUACAUUUUCAAUGUAAAAAACAUAUCCCUUAUUCCUUUUAAUUAUACAUGCACUAUUAUUAAAUACGACGAAGAAACAAAUUAACCAAUUAUAGAUCCUGGAUUUUUCUAUAUAAAUCCUAAAUAAGGUACCAUAUCCCCCUCUUGCGAUGAAUAGUUUACUGUUAAAUUUUCUCCUACAGAAGUGUUUGAUAAAAACGAAAGAUUCCUAAUUAUUUCUAUUGAAAAUCUCGAUAAAUAACUUGAACCUUUAGUAAUUACAUUAGAAGGAGAAACAGAAAGACCUAUUUGUCAUUUCGAAUUGUAGCCUACAAAUUAUCGUGAUAAAAAACCUGAAUUAGAUAAAUCUUUUAAUAUAAUAGAAUUCGAAAGUUUAGGCACAAAAGUAAAAAAUACAAAGAAAUUUUAUGUAGUAAACCCAACAGCAUAUGGUUAUGAAUUCGAAUGGAAAAAAAUUGAAGAAUAUAAAUUACCAGCAGGUGCAAACGUCCAAAACGAUAAUUUUUUUAAAUGCCAAACAUAAAAAGGUGUAGUUUUAAGCGGUAAAAAAUUCGAAAUGAUCUUCGAAUAUGCACCUGAUUCGACUGGAAAUCACGAGUCUUAUUGGUAUUUUGAAAUUCCAUCUUAAAAAAUUGUCUAAAAUUUCCUUAUUGUUGGAACAGUAAAUGAGCCAAAUGUAUUUUUCGAUGUUGGAAAAGUCAACUUUGGUCCACUUCUUAUAGGAGGAAAGAAUAAAGAAUUAAUAAAAAUUAAAAACUUGGAAACUGUUCCCAUUCCUUUUUCUUUUUAUAAAGAUUCUAUUAAAGGAGAACCUGAAUAUUUCGACUCUUUAUAAGUAUUUCCUAUGCAAGGCAUAGUAAAUGCAUAAUCUGAAUUAACAAUUGAAAUAUGUUUUAUGCCAAAAGUAGAACUCUAAUUCAAUUACAACAUUUAGUGUAAUGUAAAAAGGAAAUAAAGACCAAUUUCAUUAAAUGUCAAAGGAAUUGGAUAUAUAUUGCAUCACUCUGUAUAUUUACAGCAAUACCCAAAUACUCCUUUAGAUUCUGAAAUGUAGCAUAUUAUAAACUUAGGUGAUAUGUAUGUGAAUGAAAAACGUUCAAAAAUAAUCGAAAUAGAGAAUUCAGGAGAAUUUAACUUUGACUUUUCAAUAAAAAAGCUUCUUCAUCUUCCUUUCAUAUAAAUUACUCCUGAAAACGGUACAGUGAAAUAAAAUGAGCGAUUUUAAAUAGAAGUAAAGUUCUCUCCUUUAACCGAAACCAAGCUUACUUUCAAAUAGUCUUUUACUUUAAAUAUUUCUUCAGGCCCUUCUUAUACUUUUAGAUUACAAGCCAAUGCUAAAAAACCUGGAGUAGAAUUUUCUUUUCUUUCUUUUGAUUUCGGUCCUUAAUAUGUUUUCAGGCAACCACUUCCAAUAACAGCAUUUUUGGAAGUCAAAAAUAAAGAUGUGUCUGCAAUGUCUAUAGAAACUUAAAAUUUCGAAAAAACUAAUUAUUUAGAUGUUAAUUUGCCUCCAGGAUAAGUAAUUUUACCUCUACAAGUGGAUUCAUUUUAAGACAAAAAAGGAAUUCUCUAAACCAAAGAAAAUAACAUACUGAAAAUCCCAAUAAUAUUUACUCCAAGAGAAAGCAAGAAAUACGAAGAAACUCUCACUUUUAAUAUUAACGGUUUGCAUACUAUAGAUGUACGAAUUUUCGGAGAAGGAGUUCCUUUGAAGCUUGAACUAGAAAAUUCUCAAGAUUAAAAUAUUGACUUUGGAGUAGUCCGUGUAAAAGACGAAAGCUCGAAAAUUGUAAAAGUAUCAAAUUAAUCCAGAAAACCAAUAACAAUAACUUUCGAUGUAGAAGAUCAGCUUUCUGAAUUGGCCAAAACAUAUAUACAUGUAACUCCUAGUAAUGAAUUUUAAAUACUUCCUCGAGAAAUAAAAGACAUAGAAAUAACUUUCCAUCCUGAAUUACGUUUGCAUUAAUUUAAAAAGGAGCUCUUUUACAAAAUAGUUGAAAAUUAAGAAAAAAAAAAACUUUUAAAUCUCACUGCUUUAUGCCAUGGAGUUGAACUCAAACUAAUGGAAGAUACCAUUGGAUUCGGAGUUGUUGUAAUUAAUUCGAUUAAAACAAAAGUCAUUUAAUUAACUAAUUUAGGAGAUAUAGGAACUAAAUUUGAAUGGGAUUUCCAAUUCUGUAAAAAUUACUUUUCUAUUUCUCCUGAAAAAGGUUUCCUUCCUCCACAUGAGGAUAUUUUCUUCACAAUUACUUUCCAUCCUAAUCUAAUAGAUAAUGAUAUUCAUUUCAGUAAAGUUAAAUGCAAUAUAGAAGGUUCUAACCCUUUAUACAUUAACUUAUUAGGAAAAUGUAUUCCCUAACCAAAAGAGCAAAUUUAAGACUUGAAAUUUUCUACAUUAGUCCGAACUACUACCAAAUAGAAAGUUUUAGUUAAAAAUCCCAUCUCCGAACAAUGCAGGAUUAAAGUUUCUAUAAAUUGCAACAAACCGAAUAUAAAGGGAUAUUUUACAGGAAAAGAAAUACUGGAAAUUCCUCCAAAUGGUACAUCAGAAUAUGAAAUAACUUAUAAUCCUCUUACAAUGACCGCGAAUAAUGAAAUACCUUAAAUUAAAGAUAUUCAACAUGAAGCUACUUUAUUCUUUCCUUUACCUGAUGGAAAUGCGAUUUUAUAUAAUCUUUAUGGAUAAGCACUGCUUCCUAAUCCUUUAUAAACUUUCGAUAUAGUUACUAAAGCAAAGCAUUCUUAUAUGUAAAUUAUUCCUAUCAGGAAUUGGCUUAAAAAAACCCAAAGGUUUUCGGUUAAUUGGGUUUUGGAUAAUUAAGAUUCCUCUAUAUUUAUUUCUGGAGCCAAUGUUAUUGAUGUACCUGGCGAAACUACAAAAGAAUAUAAAAUGAAUUUCUUUUGUUUAAAAUAAUUAUCAACAAACCUUACUGUUUAUUUCAAAAAUACAGAAACUUUUGAAUAUAUUCAUUUCAAAAUAAAUCUUAAUAUAUAACCUGCCGAUAUAAUGGAAAAAAUCGAAAUGUCAGCAUUUAUAAGAGAAACUUCAAUUAAAUUAAUAACAAUAAUAAAUCCAUUAAAUAUACCAGUCUAAAUAACAAAAGAAAUGUUUACAUCAGAUAAUGAUAAUAUAACUAUAAAUCCUACUUCAUUUAAAAUACCACCAAAUUCAGAAUUCGGUUUUGAAAUAAUAUUCAGACCAUUAUUAGUAAAAGAAGAAUAAUCAAAAGUCAUACUAAACUCACAUGAAUUAGGUUAAUCAGUAUAUUAAUUAAUUUUAAAAGGAGUUCCUCUUUCCACUAUCCCUAGAAGUCUUACGAUGAAAACUUAUUUAGGCUUUGAUACUGUUUAAUCAUUUAAAUUUAUAAAUUAUUGUAAAAAGUAAACAACUUAUACUUGCAGAAUUGAUAGAUUAGAUUUUUAUAUAGAAUAAUAAUAACCUACCAUAAUUGCUCCUCCGUCUGAUAGUACAGAUGGAAAUGAGUUAAGUGUAAAUAUUAAAUAUGAACCUUCUGUUUUGGGAGAAAGCACAGCUAUUCUUAUUAUUAAUAGCCCGGAAGGGGGAGAAUAUACUUGCAUGUUACACGGAUUAUCAUCUGCUCCUUAACCUAAGGGCCCUUUCAAAAUAUCAGGACCGAAGCCUCCUCCUAUUGAAUUUAAAAAUCCUUUCUUUGAACCUUGUGAAUUUACUAUUAGAAUAGAUAAUACCAGCUUCGUUUUAAAUGUUAAGAAUCCUGUUAAAAUUGAUGCUAAAAAAAACAUUAAUUUCGCUAUUUAAUAUAAACCUGUUGCUGGAAAUUCUUCAAAUGGGAGACUAACUAUAUAAGCAGAAAAAUUCGAUUAUCCUCCUUGGGUUUUCUAUUUAUAAGGAGAAUGA